AAUCCUUCAAGUGCUAGUUGCUGUGGUAAGUGUUUUUAUGUUAUCUCGAUUAGUACUAAAAUUAGAUUAAUAUUUAUUUUUUAUCAAUGCAUGCAUUCUUCAUAUUUGUGAAUACAAAAAUUAUUGUUCGUAGAAUUCACCGUAUCUUGUCAAUAUAAUCACGUUAUCUACUUAAUUUUGUCUGUUUUCGUGUAACCUUAAAUACGAAAGGUCUCUGCAAAAUUGAAGAUUUAGCACGGAAGUAUAUUCAUGCACGGAUUGCCUUCCAAACUAUUUUAAUUAGCUAAAAUUUUGAUUUAACAUGGCUGAAUCGAAUCAAUCGCUACCAAAAGUAUCAUGGAGAGAGGAGGAUAUUGCCAUUGUCGAGGCAGGUUUCUCUCUCAAGUACAACACCUUUUCGGAUUUUUUCAAGAUCAUUUCGGUAAACCAGCAAAAUGAAAUACAAACAAGAACAAAAGCCCGUGUAAUAAUAAGUAACUUUGAACGAGAAGAAAGAAACUAUUUUCAGCUCUUCAAACCUUCACAGUUUGAAGUGUCCAAAGGAGAUACAGCUAUCACGGCUUUUGAGAGAGAUCUCAAGCAAAUAAAAGAUUUUACAUUUUUUCCAACUUUGCGAGAAGUUUAUGCAGGUGCUGAAAUCUUACAGAAAACCAUAUGUUUGAUUACAUUGCAAAACGGAACAACACAGUUUAAAGGGAUAGGUAUCCAUCCUUUUCUUCAUGAGGGUGAAGAAGAUCCGAAAACCAUGGUCAUUGUUUUGAAGUUUUUCGAAGGAGGUGUAUAUUUCCAAGAAGUUAACUGGCCCGAGGAACGCCCAUUAGAAUCAUCGCCUUUCAAUCUUAUAAAUAAGGAUCAUAAACAAUGCCUGGAUAGAAGAUUCUGCAACAGCUUUGACGUCCUAAAAGAUGACUUUAACUUCAAUUUCCUCUGCAAUGGAACAGACGUGAAAGUACUAGUUGAAGGUGGUUUGACGUUUUUUGAAGUUCUCGGCGAUGUUUGUUACGCAGAUAAGGCUUCCAAUUUCUUUGCUAGAGAUAUAGUUGGUGCUCAUCAGUCAGAUCCCUGUUAUAAGGAGGUAUAUACCCGAUUAAUGGAUAUAAAAACAACCAUAUAUCUUAAAGAGGAGGAAAUUCAAGGCGCUAAUGAUGAAAGAGAUUCAAGGAAAAGGGAAAAGUUAGAAGAACAAAAUCGUGCAAAAGCUCAUGAGAAGCAUUUAAAGGAAUGGAGCAUUUUCGGAAAAGGGGACAGUUUUGCCGUUGCUAGUUUAUAUCACAUUGAGUUGUAUGUCUCUGACGGAAGCAGACAUGAUAUAUUUCAUCCCAUCUGUACAUCUGUUGACACUGUUUUCAAAUCGUCCCUUUUUGUGCAGAGAACAAGAGGUUUGAAAUCGAUAGGGAAAUACAGCGGAAUUUCUUGUAAAAGUAAAAAACCCACAGUGAUCGGAAACUUCCCUUUGAUUUCAGGAAAGAAGGAGGAAUAUAUCUUUAAUCAACUGAAGAAGUCACCCUAUAUUUGCUGUCCACCAGAGGAUCGAAAACACAAUAAUGUGCACAAACACUUAAAAGAUAUCAAGGAAUCUAAAACAGAAUUGGACGAAAUACAGCCAUUUCCGACAAUUAAGACAAAACUUCAAGCAGCAAUAAGCUUCAGUCUGGAAAUGGAAGGAAGGCGGAUUGACCACAUAGAAAAUGGAUCACUUGAACAAUGUCUCAGCAAGGAAAUCUAUGGUUCACAUAAUCAAGAAUUUAUUGAAAAGUUUCGGAUAAAUGUUGCUGAUGUAUCGAAAGACGAAGAUCCUGAGAAAAGUUUGGAAAAAGUUUCUAACGAAAUAAAAAUUCCGAUAUACGUUCUUCGAUUUAAAAACAAAGAAAAAUGUUGGAGGCGAUAUGUUCCUUCAAAAUUACAAUCACCUGAGAGAAAACAGUGUACAUUUUAUAUCACCUUACUUCAGGUAGAAAUGGGGGGCCAUCUUUGGUUUGAGAGAAUCGUUCCAAUCAAAGGAUGUAACUGCAGUAAUUUUUCGCCAGAAGUUGCAAACUUAAGAAAAGAAGAUCAGAGCUUAACUGGAAAACUUCAUAUCGAUAGAGACCAAAGACAUACCCCACUUGUUACCUUUCUGACUGAUGACCCAAAAAUGGAUUUAUUUACGCAUGAGAAGCGACAAUAUCCACUUUUUACAAAGUUUUCUGAAAUACGUUCGAUUCUGGAUCGACCAGAUAUGAAUGACAGAAUGAUUGAAGAUAAUGUUGAUAGUUUCUAUUCCCUGUAUAGAUGUUUCAGUAAGGAAAUCUUUGGAACUGAAAAUCAUUAUGAAUUGAUUAGGAAUGAGGUACUUUAUGAAAUUCUUAGCAAUCCCAGUGUAUACGCUAAUUUUUUCCGCGACCAACGGCAAUCACGCCAUAAGGAAGAAAUGGACGAGUUUUUGGAUAACUUUCGUUUUCGAAAACUCUCAUUUUUUGACAAAUUUAAACCUCGAAGUGUACUAGAGAAAAACGAUGUCUUAUUUUUUUCAAAUCGCAUUGAAGAUGGUUUGGAAUUAGAAGACCUAGAGCUGUUUGCCAUUGCAACGUGCUUUCAGUGCAGUAUUUAUGUUGUGUCUAUUUCAAGAAAUGACACAGAAGAAGAUGAAUUUUCAGGAUGGAGAAAAAUUGAAAAGCUUCGGGUGAAAGCUAAGCCUUUGAAUUUGGAAAACAGGAUAUUUCAAAGUCGAUGUCAAAGUACAGUGGAACAUUAUGUUACUCUGGUCCAGACAUGUGCUGGAAUUUUUCACAGAAUCGUAGGGAAUAACGAGUCUAUCGUAUGCAACUGUUUGCAAGAUCCACCAAUAGUUCCUUCAAUUAUUAAAAGAGAUGAUUCCAUCAAGAGAAAAGAUUUUGACAUCGGAAUUAUUCGAGUAUAUCAGAGGAUUGACAGUCAACUCUAUAAGACACAACAAAGAUUUGAAUUCUGGAUAAGAUGUAACGUGAUAUUCGAAAAGUUCUGCGCAGAUUCCAUCAAUCUUCUUGAAGGACGAAGGAAGAAAAGCAAUAUUGCAAGUAUUGCAGGGUCAUCUGUUGGUUUGAUAGGGGGUGCACUGGCAGUUGCAGGAAUUCUCGCUGCUCCAUUCACGGCGGGGGUAUCUUUUGGCCUUGUAGUAGCUGGCGGUGUAGUUUCUGGUCUCGGGAGUGUUACGUCUGUGAUUUCGAAACUCACAGAGUUAGGUUUGAAUAGAAAGGAAUCAAAUUUAUCCGAACGGCUACAAAUGAAUAUGAGAGAACAUUCAAGACGCCUAGAAAAUGAAACACAGAAGCUUGAAGAAAUUAUGGUGAAAUUGGAUAAAAUUAUAAAAUCAAAAAGAGAUAUUGCAGAUGAAUUAUCAAGAGCAGAUCCCGUACGCUCGUCGGCCGUCUACCUGAGAUCUGUUAGUGGAUUAGCCUCAUUACCAAUAGCAGUAUUAAGAGCUUUAUCACGAGCAGUUGUCGCCGCUGAAGCCGUUUUUAUUCCAGUGUCUGUUUUACUAGAUGGUGUUAUUUUAGGGUUAUCGGUGCGAAACUUGUACCAGGGAUCUAUUACUGGAAAGUCAAAGGAGCUAAGGACAAUACGAAACUUUCUAAAAUUAACUCGAAUUCAAAUGGAAAUUUGGGCAUUUGGUAAUGAUGCAAGUCAGUAUAUGUACGAAUGCGAGGAUGAAAUCACUAAAAAGUCUUCUGCGGACGAACUGAAUUGAAUGCUGAUUUAAUGCGCAGUUUUCAGCAUAUGUUCAAGUUCGACUACUUUAUGUGACGUACAUGUAUCUGUAUUAUUAAUAGAGAAAAUCUAACAGUUUUUACAACAGAUUUAUUAUUUAUGAAAAAAUUAAUUAACUUAAACAAUCCAAAUCAUUUACUUUUUCAUGUUUGAAAUAUAUUGUUUCAUAAUUAAUUUUUAUAAUUAGAUCAAAUUUUGUAGAUUAAUGGACUUAAUGCUUAUUUUUUUAAAAUAUAAUUUUAUAUUUAUUGAACAUAUCAACUUCACUUUUUCGGAUUUGUCAAAGUCGAGGUUUAUUUGUUCAAUCUUCUAAAAAAGAGAAGAGGUCUGUUCUAAAACGGGAUUUGCAAGCUUUUUGGGUAAGUUUGUUGUAAAGUUUUUAAAGCAUCCAUUUGAUUUUUCACACGGGCUAAACGUUCUUGUUGAGGGCUUAACGAUGUCCCUGGAAUUUUAUGUACAUGUAUUCACCUAGUCAAACGCAUCUAGGUAAAGUGGACACGGAUUGACCAAGUGAUCUUAAUUUACUAAAUAGAUUAAUUUUAUGAGGAAAAAGCAAAAUUAUAAAA